GCUCAUUCAGUGCUGUAAAUCAAAUGUGACAACAGCCAUGAGGUUCACUUUAUAUGUGACGUAUCUCUUCUUGGGAGGAUCAUGUAAGUUAUUUUUUUUAUGUAUAUUUGAUUCAGUAUCUUAAAGAUGUGAUAUGAAUUAAGUUUGUUCUGUUUUGAUCUUUUUUCUCUUCAGUUCAGAUGAUUGCUCAGACAUCAUCCGUACAUGUGCGUCAAAACAGCAGUUUUAUAGUGGCUAAUAUUGGUGACAAUGUGACUCUGCAGUGUUUCUAUAAAGAUAGUGCUACAAUGUUUUACUGGUACAAACAAAGUCUGGGAGGGACACCAAAGCUCAUGUCUAGCUUUUACCGACAUGAGAAGAGUGGCAUCUUUGUAAAUGAGUUCAAGAACAUUCCUCGUUUAAGAUUAGAUGUAGGAAAUGGUAAAAAUCACCUGACAAUUUACAAUUUAGACAUAUCAGAUUCAGCUACCUACUACUGUACAGGCAGCUAUGAAUAUGACUUUGAAUUUGUAGAGGGUGCUACUGUGAGUGUAAAGGGUUCAGGGUCUACCUCAAAAGUUUUGGUCCGUCAGUCAGAUUCUGAGACCACCAUGAUAGGAGACUCUGAGACUCUGGACUGUACAAUACACACUGGAACCCAUGAUGGAGAACACAGUUUUUACUGGUUCAGAAACUCUGGAGAACAUCAUCCAGGACUCAUUUAUGCCCAUGGUGGAGGAAAUAAUCAGUCUGAGAUAAAACCAGACCCACAAACACACACUUGUGUCUACAACUUGCCGAUGAAGAGCCAGAAGCCAUCUGAUGCAUUGAGCCACUGUGCUGUUGUCUCAUGUGGCCAAAUACUGUUUGGAAGAAAGAAAAAGUUGGACACAGAGCGUAAGCAGCAUUAUUGGGGAUUUACCAGAAACACUGUGAUUAUGACCUCUGCCUCCCUGAGUCCUUACAGCCUCUGUUUUCUCCUGCUUUCUAAAUCUGCAGACAAAAGUGACCCUUUUGUCUUAGUGCAUUUCUUGAUCGGAGCUUUGGCAUUCACCACCAUGUUGGCUGUUUUGCUGGCGUACACAACAAGACGGGUGUACAAAGGAGACUGCUGCCAUUGUGCAGGUAGGUUUAUCGUCAUUAAGUACUUUUAAAGGUUUGAUACUUGUUGUGUAAGCAAAAUCAAUUAGAGUUGAAUAAAAUCACAGGAAGAGUGCCACAACAUAAUGCACCGUUGAAACUAUUUGUACAUUUACAGUUUCUAAAUUUCAUCACCUAAAAACGUAUAACUACAACUCUUGAAUUGUCAAUUUGCAAUGGUCAGUUGUAAUGUUAACUUUUGUUGGCCCUUAUUUUUUUUAUGCAAUUGUUUCUGACAGUAUUACAAAUUUUAAGAAUGACUUUUUGAUGUAUUAUUAAGAUUUAUUAUUAAGAUAUUAUUAAGUAAGAUAUCAGGAAGAGAAAUUAGUUUGUCCUUCUAACCCAAGUUUAGUGAGUUUGACACUUUCAGUUCUUUUUUUCUUUCUUGAACCAGACUCAGGAACUUCUGCGACAUUGACUGCUAAUGUAGUGGUGAGUAUGAUGCAAUUUGGUGUUUAAAUCAUACUUUGAAUACCUUCUAAAAGGAGAACUUCAUCCUGUAUGCACUGAUUCAAUCAAUAUCCCAGUGUUUUCCCCACUUUUAAUGCUGUGAUAAUGCUUUCAGAGUAGGGCUGAACGAUUUUUGGAAAAUAUUGAAUUGGGAUUUUUCUGGCAGAAAUUGCCAUUUCCAUUCAAUUUACGAUUUUCCUAAAACCAAACUGCAGUGCAACAUUGACAAUGUUUACAGUAACAUUUACAAAUCAAACCAGAAGGGAGCAUAAAUUGAUAUUCCCCUGCAGUAUUGUUGAUUUAUAGCUUGGUUUGGAGAAUUGCAGCUGAUUAUGUUCUAAACAUGCUCAUGUGGCACUAUAGGCCUUAUUAUAGAGAAUUGGGCUCUGAUGUUGUAAAACCUUUAAAUAAAAGUUAAACAAGUAAUUUAAAUAAGUAAUAGGUAUUAAAUUUGUCUAACUUUUAUUUAGCAUUACUGUUUGCAAAAUUAAAAUGAUGAGUUUUACUUCAACAAUCUGGCACACUUUACUCCACUCUGGGGGCAAGUUGUGCCACAAGAAUAAGUAUUUUUCUAAAGCUAUAUUUCUCAAACCGUUCAUUUAAGAUCCAAAAUUGCUCUACGGACGCUAAGUAAAAACUGGUAAAAACCACUCUCCCCCAUAGUAUUAUGGCAGUCGUUAUCUCCCAGUGUCUCUGGCUGCUCUCGUCACACAAGCUUACACUGGCAAAAGAUGUUGUAAUUAUCGUCUGUUUGCUCAUGUUUACUAGACAUUUCACUUGACUUUUUGUCAUGCACUUCUCAUGCAAGUGCUUGUGGUGGUUUUUCAAGUGCUGGUAUAAGUUGAUUGUGUUUCCGCUCAAUGUAGCAACUUUAGCACAACAUAUUUUGCACAGUAGCCCACCUGUUUCUGGUGUGCAUCUGCAGCCUCAAACCCAAAAUACUCCCAGAUGACCGCUGUGCCUCUUUUCUCGGGGAUUAAAUCCCCUAACUCCGCUCGUGGUUGCGCUAAAGCCAUUUUAAAAAGACGUUCACCUCUCAAAAUAUGAAGAGCAGGUUAAUACUGAGUGGUUAAUGUGACCUGUCCAUGAGUAGCAUAUGCUGCCUUUAACUGGGACGGUGGGGAGACGGCAUGUAUAUGUAAAAUGUUGACACAACAGAUACUGAGUCAGUCAGGAGCACAGCAUAACAAAAAAAAAAAAAAAAAAAAAGCAGCUUGGCAAUCACAUGAUUGUGCUGUCUGAAAUUGCAUCAGAAAACAAUAAACCGUUCAGCCCUAUUUCAGAGAAAAUUAUGGUGCACCAUUGAAUAAAUAACCUCCGUGUCACUCUUGAAUUGACAAGUGACAAAUGGAGGGCGAGGCUUGAGUCUGUGCUCUGGAUCCACCUGAACAUCAUGACUAUCAGUGCUACAGGAGGCUAAGCUUAUUGGGCUGGGAGGCUAGUGAGGUCACGUGCACAGACCCCCCCCCCCCCAUCAUAUAUGAGGGAUGAGAAAAAUUACAGCCAGCUGCUCUAACUUUCAUACUCUCACCACCAUCACCACCAAAGUAAGUUAUGUUCCCAAAAACUGAAUAUAAAGUGAGGAACUUUCUGUCAAUGCUGACUUUGGCGCUAUUGGUGGACCUUAUAAUGCUGCUGAUUUUGUCUUUGCCAUAUAAAAGUGCUGCUAAUUGUCAGAAAAAUCCACUCCUGAUGUCUACUUACACUGCAAUUUAUCACUUACUGCAAAUCACUUACUUUAAACUCUGCAUGUGCAUUGUUAUAGCAUUAUUGUUGUAUGGCUCAGUUUUGCUGAAUUACAAUCAAAGUCAUCUCUUUUUGGAUUGCAGGACAACCAAGACACAGACAGCAUCCACUAUGCUGCUUUGAGGGUUCAAAAGGCCAACAACAGAUCCACAAGACACAGAAAUGAUGUUCAAAGUGAAUGUGUGUACUCCAUUGUUAGACAGUAGAGUCCCAGUUUUUGUCACCUGAGCUCCUGGAGUUUUGAACAGUCUGUAAGAGGAGAUCAGACUUGCAGAAUCAGUCCCUUACUUCUUUUUUCUGCUCAAGAUAAACCUUUAUUGACAUAAAAGCUUUUCUGCAGUGAUUUCAUUUGAAUCUGAAUGUUUAAUCACUAAUUAAAUUCAUCCACUUGUUUGAUUGUAUUUACAUUCCUGCGUUAUUGUUUUAUGGAGCUGUUGUUACAAAAAGUGCUAUCAUUUAGUUAUAACUAUUGUUUAAUUUUGGGUUUAUAGCAGUUACCAUUUUAUAAGGAAGUGCUUUAAUAAAUGUGACAAUGAGGCAAAAUCAACCCUUUUUUUUUUGGAGAAACGAGUUUUUCUGUCAGAAGGCAUCUCAAUUCAAUAAAUGUACAGUUUUGCUUUUUAAUAAACCAAGGGGCAGCAGUAGCUAAGGAGGUAGAGUGGCCAUCCAUUAACUAGAAGGUUGGUGGUUCAAUUCCCCCCUAUCCCCUAUUCCCCCUAUGUUGUGUCCUUGGGCAAGGCACUUAACCCACUUUGCCCCCAGUGUGUGUCCUCCACUGGUGUAUGAUUUUGAGUGUUGUUUGGUGACGGUCGGAGAGGCUGUAGGCGCAAACUGGCAGCCACAUUUCCAUCAGUCUGCCUCAGGGCACCAAGGUGUGACUGUGUGAGCGGAUGAAUGAUGUAUCCAAUGUAAAGCGCUUUGAGGGUCUCUGAUAAAGUGCUAUAAAAAAAAAA